AUGGCGGCUGCAGUGGAGACAGCCGAGAGUGAUGCCAACAGGCGUUCGCACUCUCAUCCCUUGUCGAGACUUCAGUCCCUCUGGGCGCAAGUGCAGCGAUGUGCCACUUCCAGAGCCUCUGCCGUUCUGCUCUGGAUCCUCAGCCUUGCGCAUUGCACGGUGUACCUGCUGGGCCCCGGGAUGUUCGGCCACUUGACGGACUUCGCCGUGUGGGUUUGGGCAACUGGGGGCCCCUUGAUUCUGGGGACCGUUCUGGAGGUUGUGGCCCGCGUCUCAGCCGAAGGUGGACCUGUGUGGCGAUGGCGGUUUCUGGGCAGCUACAGAAACCUAAGGUCCUGGCGGCGGAUGAUGAUCCCCCUGUACCACCAGCUAGAGGCGCUGGUGCUGGCUGUCAUGAUGUUCAGGCUGGCCAUGAGCAUCUACCUCCUCAACGUGGCCUUGCAAGGGGAUCCUUUGCCGGUCUCCGUCUCAAACCAGGACAAGGCCACCGUCCUGGUGCUCUGCGGCUAUCGCGCUCUCCGCACUUUUGGGGACUGGCGGGGGGUCUCCGUGCACCAGGCCCUGCACGAAAGGCGGAAGAAGGCGAGCAUGAAGAAGCUCUGGAUGGAUGAGUUCCGCGAUGCCUGGCAGGAGCACCGAGCACGGCCGGUGGUCAGGGCCCAGCAAGUCCUGAACAAGAAGUGGCUGCAGAUGCUCUUCCUCCUCGCCUCCGUCACCUACUGCGUGGUGGAGUUCUUCGACUUUGUGGUUACGUCCGAGGUGCUGGGCUACGUGCUCCUCGUGGCACUUCUUGCCGAGUUCCUAGUACGUACGCGCGCACAGGGUGGGGAGCAUUUCUUCCGACCUUUUCUCAACAAGAUGGAGUUCUGCGUCCUCAUCGGCGGCGCUUGGUGCCUGUUCUAUGCCACCUGGUACACGCAGUACUUGGUUUCAUCGAAGGGUGAGGCCACCGCUUUUGCGACGGCUACGGCGGUGCUUCUGCUCCUGCAUCGGCUCAUACGGCUACUGGGAAUCCAGUUGAGCAUCUCUGCAAGCGAGUUCGAUGCCGACAGCGUUGCAAACUCCGUAGCGAUGCAGGCCUUCAUGGCCAGCCUGGGCUCCUUCGUGGACGUGCCGCCGACGAACAUCAAAGUGGACCUCCCGGGCUCCGUGAUACACAUCCAGAAGGCGAGCCUCAAGAGCGAAGUCUUCGAAGGUCUUCACCUGCCCCUGACGGUGGUGGGCGCUCUUGUGGAAGACCUCUACGUGGACCUUUCCAGGGACAACAUGAAGGAGACAGGGAGGCUGACUUUUGCGUCGCGUGCGCGCGGCCGCACCCGCGUCCGCGUAAAGAACCUGCUGCUGGUCCUGGGACCUGGCCCCGGCCUGGCGAGCUCACCGGAGAAGGCUGGCCACUGGCAGUACGAGAAAGUGCUGGCUGCGAAGUGGCGUGUCGUGAAGAUGAUCUGUCACAGGCUCACUGUUCCCGUCACGGACGUGACGUCGAAGACUCAGGACUCUCUUGAGUCCCUCAGUUCGUCCAGCAGCUUGAAGGAGAUGAGGCGAAGCUUGAUGAAGGAUGUGCGGGAGAAGAUCACAAGGAUGCCCUACAUGGAUAUGCACGUGCGCAACGUCAACGUGCAGUUUGAGGACCCUGACUCUCGUCUCGGCUACGGCUGCUUCCUGUUGGGCAUGAAGUUAGACUCCAUGAAGCUCGACUGGCAUCAGGGCCGCCAUUGCCAUGCACAGGUAGCCCGCGGGUCUCUGUACGCGGAGCCCUUUGCCGCAACGGACACCAGCAAAGUCCUCCAGAGAUGGAGGCCCAGAGAGGUAGUUGAGCAAAUGGCACGGCUGAGCAGUGCUGAGCGACUGCGCUCUUGGGCGUUUGCGAGCAUGGAGGACAACCACCCUCGGAAUCCUCUCAAGAAGCUCAGGCGUAUUGAGCGUUUCGCGGACCGGCACAACAUCCUGAUCAUUCAGCACGCAACGCUUCGAGGAGGUCCCAAGGAGGCCCCGAAGGAGCGCGCGGAUGGCGGCCUCCUUGCGCCCCUGAGGGAGAGGAUGGCCCGCUUCGUGCCCUUUGGGAAGGACGAGCCGACGAGGACCACGGACAUCGAGAGCCAGAUGGGAGCUGCGAACCUCCGGGCCGAGUGGGACUGGAAGAUGAAGGUCUGGCCAAUCCGCGUCACCGUGGAUGACGCGCAGUUCCGGUGCUUGAAGAACCUGCAGAAACGCCUCACCGACUGGUGGAUGCACGACCAGGCGCUGCAAUGGCACCCUGGCCUGCGCCCACGCGACGCGGAGGUGUUGCAGGCCCCGGCAGAGAAGAGGGCGGCGGUGCUGCGGUCGUGGUGGGUCUACGCCAGCCACCGGGCACUGAUUUCCGAAGGCCGCCGGCCCCGCUUCACCUACCUGAAUCUGGUGCGUCGGGUGGAGUACCGCCUGAAGCACCGGGCGCUGAUCUCGGAGGUGCUCAGGGAGCUGCCCCCCCUGGUGCCCGGCGCGCGCGUGAAUCUGAAGCCUUCGGAGCACCACUGCCGGGAGUUAGCUCGUGCGCAGACUCACCUUCCCUACUCCGAUAUCGUGGCCUGCUUUCGGGAAGAGCUUGCCAAAUCGUCGGCCAGAGGCCCAACGUCCCGGCGGGCCACCAAGUCAGCCGCCGUGCGUUCGCAGGAGGAGGAGGAGGACAACGACGACGAGGAGGACGACGAUGAUGAAGAGGAGGAGGCAAGGUCCUGA